CAGAACAAGAAGAAGAAAGGAGAAUUCUAAUAGAUGAAGAUAGAGGGCUUCAGUAUCAACUGAAAGAUACUUCUGAAGCAAUGCAAGCUGCAGGUGAACUGCCUCUACCUCUUAAAGAAGCAGAAGGUGUUGUCACUGCUAAGGUGAGAAAAUAAUCAAUGUGCAUUUUUUAAUCUGUGUUAUCCACUGAGCGACUUAUUGUUUUUGUCAUCCUCUCCCUUUUCUCCAAAUUUAACUGAAUAUAAUCGUUCAUCAUCAUCAGUAUUACCAAUCCGUUGUGUACUUCUUUUGUUUCCUCUUUUAUAUUCCCCAGAUUUGUUGCUUCCAUUCAUUACUCUUAUUACAAUAUGUAGUAUGUACCUAGAGGUGUAAAAUGUGAUUUUUGUGGCCCCUAAUUGUGAGCCCUUUCAUUUUUGUGGCCCUAGAUAAAGCCCUGCUAGAUGACUUUGGGGGUUGGUAAUCCUUUCAACUAGUACUUUAUGCUAAAACUAAUCUCACUGCCUAUGAAUAUACUAGAGAGGUCGCAAAUGUUCUUGGUAUCAAAGAUACCGGGAUUGAUUAUCCCUCUGUUGAAAGGUCAAAAUUUCCCAAUUUUUUGUAUGACCUUAGAGAAAAACUUGUUUGUGACAAAGGGAAAAUAUUCAAAUCAUCACAUCUUAGGAUAAUCUUGAAAGAUAUGUCGGUAGAGGAUGAGCACAACAAGUUGUAUUUUAAACAAUUGAUGUGUUAUUUUUUGGUUGAGCAAUUUCUGUUAUGCGCAAGCGACGCAAAGAUUCUUCGUAGUUGUUCUUGGGUGUUCGUUAAAGAUCUUGAGGCUUUUGAGCAAAUCAUCUGGGCAAAAGCUGUAUUUGAUCACCUUUGUGAAUCUCUCAAAGAUUUGAAAGAUAAGAUGAGGAAGCAUGGUCAACAUUGUUUCAAGGGGGCUGCUCCAGUUUUUGAGGCACUCAUAUAUGAAAGAAUACCAUCGAUGCGGCCACCAGUUAAAUUUUCUGAUCCUCCCAUCCAGAAGUACAGUGCCCAAAGGUCUGUUGUGCUGAACCUUGAUAAACUAACUGCCGAACAGAUAAAUGUAUGUCCAUGGUGUAAUCUUCAAGAUUUGUCUUUGGUGGAGGGUGAAGCUUGCUCUUAGGCUCCCUUUGUAGUGUAGGAUGAAGUUGAGGAUGCAUGCUCUCUAGCUCCCCCUUUAGUGGAAGAUGAUGCUUGCUAUCUAAUCACACAAAUGCUAAUUGUAACAACCGGAGGUUUUAUAUAUUUUUUGUGGGUCUUGUUUCGAUUGACAUUUUUAUUAAUUAAUUAAAUAAAAACUAAAUACCAAAAAAAAAAACUAGUCCAUCCCAUAAAAAAAUAAUAAAACUAGCAACUAAUUGAGAUAUAUAUUAAAUUAGAUUAAUUCUUUUUUAUGAGAAGAUAGGUGAUAUGUUGCCUGAAAAAAAGAUAUGUGAGAUAUAUUAAUUGGGAAGAAAGAAAGAAAAGAUAUGUGAGAUAUAUUAUUUGGUCAGAAAGAAAGAAAAGAUAUGUGAGAUAUAUUAAUUGAAAGAAAAGAUAUGCGAGAUAUAUUAAUUGGGAAGAAAGAAAGAAAAGAUAUGUGAGAUAUAUUAAUUGGGCAGAAAGAAAGAAAAGAUAUGGAAAUCUUUCUUGUUACUAUAUAUAUAUAAGUAAAGUGAGGAGGCAUGUUAACUCACAUUUGCAACCCUAAUCGUAUUAUUCAUAGCAUUACUUGAGAAACAAGAAUGGUUCACUGUAAUUCUUGCUCCUGCUGCUUGACCGAUGAUGUUUGUCAUCUACACCCAACACUUCCUUCUUGCUCCAAUACAAAACAAAAACAACACUCCAAUAAGAAACGAAAACAACGCCAAGAAGAAGAAACCCAACAACAAACCAAAAAUGUUGUUGUUGGGACAAAUUGGGAUGUUUGCGAUUAUGAUAUUCCAUUGAAGAAGGAAAAGAGUGAUCCUGGCAACGGGAUAAUUUGGGGCUAUUGCGAAUAUGAUCUUCCAAUGAAGAAGAGAAAGAUCAAUAGGGAAAAGAGUAAUCUCAGCUACAACAACAACAACAACAACAACAACGUAUCUUUUAUCUUUUCUUCCAUCGAAAACAAUGUUUCUUCGUCUACCAGCCACGACGACACAAAAAUCGCCAACAAACAAGAAACUAAGAAGACGUGUAAUGUUGAUGAUGAAUGGGAGAUCAAGAAGGUGCUUGAAAAGAGCGAUGUUUGUCGCACUUUGAGUAGGCUUAUGUUGAAGAAAGAAUUGACUCAAGAGUUUGUGAUUCCGAUGGGGUUGUGUGGUGCUAAAGCUGCCAAGCAUAAAGGUGUUGAAGUAAAAGUAUGGGACGUUGACACAAAGUCUCUUCAUUCUCUUGUUUUCAAGAUCUGGACUUCCGCACAAUGCCACAUUUUCAAUAAGAGAUGGUUCAAAGAUUUUGUUCUUAGAAGGGAAUUAAAGAAAGGAGAUCAAAUUGGCUUACAUUGGGAUCAAGAUAACGGACGCUUUAACUUUUCCGUAAUUACUUUAUAAUUUUUCGUUGUGUAGAACUAUCGUUAUUUUCUUGUGUAGUCUUUUGAUGCGUGAAAAGCAUAUAUCCUUCAUUGACAUAUAUAUUAGAUUUUCGUUGUUUUAUUUGAU